AUGAUGAAGCUGGUGGUGUUGUCCUGCCUGUUGGCUGCCGCAUCCGCGGGUCUCAUCACUCCCCUCACUUAUUCGGCACCCUACGGAUACUACGGAUUUGGAGCUCCGUUCGCCUACAGCGCGUCUCUUCUGGCGCCUCACAACUACCGAGGUCCUCUGUCUCUAGCUCCCGGCCAACCUGCUAACAUUCUUGGUGCUGAUGGAAGACCUCUUGAUACCCUGGAAGUCAACUUGGACCGUUCCGCCCACCUGACCGCGAAGGCACUCGACAGUGGCAUCCAUCUUCUGAAGAAACGCUCAGUGGCGGGUCUCAUCACUCCUCUCACUUAUUCGUCGCCAUACGGAUACUACGGACUUGGAGCUCCCCUCACCUACAGUGCAUCUCUCCUGGCGCCUUCCAACUACCGAGGUCCUCUGUCUCUAGCUCCAGGACAACCCGCUAACAUUCUUGGUGCUGAUGGAAGACCUCUUGAUACGCUGGAUGUCAACUUGGACCGUGCCGCGCACCUAACCGCAAAAGCACUUAACAGUGGCAUCCAUCUCCUGAAGAAACGCUCAGUGGUGGCUCCGAUCGUUGCCACUCCAGUCACCCAUAUCGCCACUCCACUGAUCACUCCCGCUGUACCUCUUACCUAUAGAUCACCUUAUGCCACGACUGCUUACAUUUCCCCAAUCCCACAUGCCUCUUUAACAACACAGACCACUUUCAAGAUGAUAAAGCUGGUGGUGUUGUCCUGCCUGUUGGCUGCCGCAUCUGCGGGUAUCAUCGCACCCCUCGCUUACACCGCGCCACUUGUCUACAGUGCAACUGUUCUGGCGCCCUCCAACUACCGCGGACCCCUGUCCCUGGCUCCCGGUCAACCUGCUAACAUUCUCGCUGCUGAUGGCAGGCCUCUGGACACCUUGGAAGUAAACUUGGAUCGCUCUGCUCACUACACCGCAAAGGCUUUGAACAACGGUUUCCAUCUCCUGAAGAAACGUUCCGUCGUCGCUCCCGUAGUAGCUGCUCCCAUCGCCCGCCUUGCCUCCCCACUGAUCACCCACACUGUACCUCUUACCUACGCUGCACCUGUAUUUAGCACCGCGCACCUUGCCCCUCUUGCGUACACACACACAGCAGUCACUCGUGUCUUAUAA